CAUGGGGAGCUGAGAAAGAACAACAGUAGCUAGCCAGCAACAACUGCACUUAAUGAAAUAAAUUAGCGCCAGGCAGGGCGGCGAGCUACCGGAGGCCACCAUGGCCAACAUCACCAAGAAAGUGUCGUGGUCCAGCCGGGCUGACGAGUCCGGGGCUACCGGGGAGGGGACACCGCUGCUCAACGGCUCCGAGCAGCCCAGACACUCCAGACAGCUGUCUGGAGGAGGCAAUAUAUUUCAGAUAGGCAGACUCAGCACGGUGGAUUUGGAGGAGGAGAUGGCGUCAGAUGAGCAGGACUCUCUUAGCAGGCGGCCUAAAGAGAUCCCUCAUAAUGAAAAGCUGCUGUCACUUAAAUAUGAGAGUCUGGACUAUGAUAACAUUGAGAAUCAGCUGUUUCUGGAGGAAGAGAGGAGGAUGAGUCACAUGGGUUUCCGCUGUCUGGAGAUCAGUCGCUGGGUCGUCUGUGGUCUGAUCGGCUUUCUGACGGGCCUCAUCGCCUGCUUCAUAGACAUCGCGGUGGAGGAACUGGCUGGGGUCAAAUACCAAGUGGUCAAAGAGAACAUAGAGAAGUUUACGGAGGUCGGUGGCCUGUCGAUCUCCCUCAUCCUCUGGGUCGUCCUCAAUGCUGCUAUUACCAUGUUGGGGGCCAUCAUAGUUGCAUUUUUUGAGCCCAUAGCAGCAGGAAGUGGUAUUCCUCAGAUAAAAUGUUACCUAAAUGGAGUCAAGGUUCCCAGGGUGGUACGACUUAAGACACUGAUGGUGAAAGUGGCCGGUGUUAUCUGUUCAGUCGUUGGCGGUCUUGCUGUUGGAAAGGAAGGACCCAUGAUUCACUCUGGUGCUGUUGUAGCUGCAGGGGUCUCGCAGGGAAGGAGCACCUCUUUAAAGAGAGACUUCAAGAUCUUUGAAUACUUCCGGAGAGACACAGAGAAAAGGGACUUUGUGUCUGCUGGAGCUGCAGCCGGAGUUUCAGCUGCUUUCGGAGCACCAGUCGGCGGCGUUCUGUUCUCUCUAGAAGAGGGAGCGUCUUUCUGGAACCAGAUGCUGACGUGGAGGAUAUUCUUUGCCUCCAUGAUCUCCACCUUCACCCUGAACUUCUUCCUCAGUAUCUAUCACAACAAACCAGGACAACUUUCCAGCCCGGGUCUCAUCAACUUUGGCCGCUUUGAGAGUGAUACAACCUAUAACCUCUAUGAGAUUCCCUUGUUCAUCGCUAUGGGAGCUAUAGGUGGUCUGCUGGGGGCUCUGUUCAACGUGCUCAACUAUUGGCUGACCAUCUUCAGGAUCCGGUAUGUUCAUCGGCCUUGUUUACAAGUGAUGGAGGCCAUGUUGGUUGCUGCAGUGACUGCGACAGUGUCUUUCACCAUGAUCUACUUCUCCGACGACUGUCAGCCUCUGGGGCCAGAUCACACUGAGGAGUACCCACUGCAGUUGUUCUGUGCAGAUGGAGAGUAUAACUCCAUGGCAACGGCCUUCUUCAACACUCCUGAGAGAAGUGUUCGCAGUCUUUUUCACAACCAGCCAGGAAGCUACAAUCCGUUAACCCUGGGUUUGUUCACCCUGACUUAUUUCUUCCUGGCGUGUUGGACGUACGGCCUGGCGGUGUCGGCUGGAGUCUUCAUCCCGUCUCUGCUGAUCGGAGCAGCCUGGGGAAGAUUAUUUGGAAUACUGCUGGCAUCCAUCACCUCCAGCAGCUCGAUCUGGGCUGAUCCUGGCAAAUAUGCCCUGAUUGGAGCUGCAGCUCAGUUAGGUGGCAUCGUGAGGAUGACUCUCAGUUUGACUGUCAUCAUGGUGGAGGCCACAGGGAAUGUCACAUACGGUUUUCCCAUCAUGCUCGUCCUCAUGACUGCCAAGAUAGUAGGAGACUAUUUUGUCGAGGGUCUGUAUGAUAUCCACAUCAAGCUGCAGAGCGUUCCCUUCCUGCACUGGGACGCUCCUGCCACCUCCCACUGGCUGACUGCCAGAGAGGUGAUGGGUUCUCCCGUCACCUGUUUGAACAGGAUAGAGAAGGUGGGAACCAUCGUGGACAUCCUGAGCAACACGUCGACCAAUCACAACGGCUUCCCAGUCGUCGUGCAGGUCACUGACAGUGACGAGCCACCGAAGCUCUGCGGCCUCAUCCUCCGCUCUCAGCUCAUUGUUCUUCUCAAGCACAAGGUGUUUGUGGAGCUGGCCCGGUCCCGGCUGACCCAGAGGAAGCUCCAGCUGAAGGACUUUAGAGACGCAUAUCCCCGUUUCCCCCCGAUCCAGAGCAUCCACGUCUCCCAGGACGAGAGGGAGUGCAUGAUGGACCUCACUGAGUUCAUGAACGCAACGCCUUACACAGUACCACAGGAAACUUCUCUGCCUCGUGUGUUUAAGCUGUUCAGAGCGCUGGGACUCAGACACCUGGUGGUGGUGGACGAUGAGAACAGGGUGGUUGGACUAGUGACCAGGAAAGACUUGGCCAGAUAUCACCUGGGAAAACACGGACUGGAGGAGCUUCAGCUGGCCCAAACAUAGUACACACACACACACACACACACACACACACACACACACACACAUGCAAAUCCACGAACUAUGACCACCUGAUGCCUCAUAAGCUCUAUGCAGGACACCAUGAAGAGGUCUCUGUUCUUCUUUGAUGCCAAAAUAAAAGUCACCAAGACAACACAAGGAAACCCCAUGUCAGUGCAGGGCCAUUAACAAAAAGACACAUUUAAAUGUAAAACUGCUCUUGGUGUAAAAAAAGAAAAGAAAAAAAUGCCCCCCUAAUUUGCUCCAUUUAUUCUUCAUGAAGUGAUUUAUUUUGAAAGGAUCCUGACUUCCAUCUUUGCGGUUGCUGUGUUGAAGCAUCAAAUAAUACCAUGACGCAGGGCUUUGGUAACCUUGGUGUUUUUUUCCCUUUGGUUCUGUGCAAAUAAUACAUAAUGGACAGAAGAGAAGAAAAAAAAUUCCUCUUUUGAGGAUUUCUCCAAUGUUUAUAUGAACGAUUUCAUGUGUGGGAACAAGUCAGAAUGAAAUCUUAACAGUUUGAUUAGCUCAAUGGAAACUCUUCUCCGCACACAUCACUGUCUGUUCUUAGUCUUAUUCUGUCUCAUCAACACCACGUAAACGGUACUCAGUGAUUCAUUAUUAAUCAUUGAUUAAUGCCAUAUUCAAAUAAUUCAGAUGGGUAUUCUUUUAUGUCACUCUAUUGAAUUAAACGAGGCAUUUAAAUACUGCAACAAUUAGUCAACUAACUGAUUAUUCAAUUAACAAAAGGAAUUGCCAACUUAGUCAUUUUCCAUUGUAAAUGAAGAAAAUGCUCCUACUUUUCUGUUUUAUUUCAUAUUGCAGUGAAUGUCUUUGGGGUUUUUGGAUUGACAAAACAAGAUAUUUAAUUCAUCACUAUGGAUUUUGAUAUACUGGGAUGAACAUUUUUCCACCAUUUUAUAAACCAAACGAUUUAUCGAUUAAUCUAGAAAAUAACUGAUGGAUCGAUGAUGAAAAUGAUGGUUAUUUGCAUUUCAAGUGGUUUGCUUUGACAACCUGAUUCAGAGCGAAUGUUUGUGUAACUUCACUGACCAUAUAAGGUCAUCUUAGUCAAUGUCAGAAAGGCUUAUUUUUCAUUGUGUAGUUUUGCACUGAGCGAAUGCUGUUAUUUAUUGUUAUUGUUAAAAUAUUUUGAGUGUGUGGUUUGGUCGGGCAGAGUUUCACAUAUCCCAUAAUUCAACACUUUCGCUAGUGAGGAGAGGAGGCUUAAUGGUCGUGUGAUUAUUUUGAAUCUGUGUUAUUACAGUUACAGAUGCUUCCUUCUCUCUUUCUGUCACCUUUACUGAGCAUAUUUCUAUAUUUAUACUACUGUCAGUAAACAUGGACUCAUACUCGGACACCAACAUCAUUUUUAACACCUGAAAUGUUUGCACUUUGGCCUACUACUGAAAAAAAGUAUUUUUGUUAAGAAAUACUCACAAGUGUCCCUCAUGAAGCUCAAAAUGAAUGUAAAGGUUGUUUAACACAAAACGUCCUGUUUAAACCAAUCAGUUUACUUCACACAAAACACACAUACUCUGAUUUAUAAUUAUUUAAUUUUGUCAGUUUGUAAAUCUAACCUUUCUAAAAUCAUCAGUGUUAUAUUUUUCAUUGUGCACCUUGGUUUUACUCUUUGAUUUUGUCUCCUUUGUGGUCUUUAUUUUGUUGUACAGUUCUAGUUGUUUAAUAUGGACUAUGCUCAAUUUUAUAACCACUGGAUAAGCCUUUUGUGAAUGAAUAAAGUUGAAAUUCUAAAUAUCUGUUAUAUGACUUGUUUGUCUGUUUUAUCAGAAUGCAUUUAAACCCUUUGAGUGAUUUUUACUCUCCACAGUGAGUUUAAAGGUAUGAUGUGUAACUUUUCCGUAUUAAAAUGUCUCAAAUUGACCCGA